AUGGAAACAGCCCAAACCCUCCACCGCCAACUCUCCGCCUCCUCUCCCACCACACUCCUCCCCCUGCCCUCUCUGACCUGGCUCGCCACUUUAAUCCCCUCCAACACCACCCGCAUCCCUCCCCUCCCUUCCCUCCUAGCCACCGCUCGCCUCCGUUUACUGUCCUCCGACCUAUCCACCCCCGGCUUGUUAGAUCCGCAAUGGGUUGCUUCUCAUUCUUUUCCUGCUUGUUUGACUCGUGCUCAAGGUCAACAGCAGGUGUCACGACCAGGAGGAGAGGGGAGGGAACAAAUCCUUGACCGCGACGUCGUCGUUCAAGUGUUGGACGUAGAAAACCUGAACCGUUCAAAAUGGGAAAUAGUCGAAGACCUCGAAUCCAUCGAGCGCGGUGAACAGACUCGUGGUAGGGAGGUCAUUCGGUUACCUACUGCCGGUUCCGGCAACGAAGAUGACCAGCUGGACAUGGGUGAUGGCGGCACGCAAACCCAGACCGCCGCCCUGGCCCAAAACAACACCGUUAGCCAACAAGCAGCGCAAGCCCGCGAACGAGAGCGCAAAAACGCAACGCACAAACUCGUCAUCCAAGAUGCCUCAGGGCAGAGACUCUUCGCGCUGGAACUAAAAAGGGUAGAUGAGAUAGGUGUGCCGCUGUUCGUCAAUGGAAAAAUGAUUGGUGGAACGCCGAUUGGGGGUAAGAUUUUGUUGAAGAGAGGGACGAAAAUGGCGAGGGGGGUGGUGUUGUUGGAGCCUGGGCUUGUCAAAGUGUUGGGGGGAGGGUGGAGGGGUGGGGGAAGGUGUGGGAAGGGGGGAGGUUGGAGAGGUUGA